AUGCUAUCCACCACCGGCAAUGGCAUCCCAAUCGACAUCGACACACUCAGCCGCACACCCAUUUCCCGCCUCACCAAAACCGCACUGCCCAACAUCGGACUGAUCGAACUCGUAUCCACGACCGAUUUUGCACAGUUCUACGACCCACUAUACACAGCCAUGUUCCCGCGGCGCGCCGAGCGCGAACGGUCCGAUCUAAUCGUCGAGCGUCUGGCCGCCCAGGCGCGCGGCGACCGAGUCGGGUUGGCGCCGUAUAGGAUCGUGGGAAUCAGAGACGAGGAGACGGGGGAGGCGAUUGGGGCGGCUCAUUUUUCGGUUUUGCCUGUACCGCCAAGGGCGAAGAGAAAUAACCCACUACUAUCACCCGAAAAAUCGGAGUUCAAUUCUGCAAUCCCUUAUCUCCAAUACAUCUACAUCCGACCGCAGAACCGACGCCAAGAUCUCUCCGAGGUCCUGCAUACCAUGGUCCUAGCUGUGAGUGAGGCGGAUGCUGCGUCUGGACUGCUUGACGACGAUGACAACGAGGGAGCCGGCUACGGCGACCGAGGAGUCGGAGUCGGCGUAGGUGGUGGCGAUAACGGCAACGGAGUCGACACUAUUCCUUCUGCUACUUCUCCUGUUAUAUCACAGCACCACCACUACCACCACAAUCACCAACAACGGCAGCAGCAGCAGCAGCAGCAAAGAACUCUCCGAACUGUUCCAUUCACUCUAUUCGAAACCGAACCGCCCGACCACGGCGACGACCAGAUAAGUCGGGAUUAUGCGCGUGAACGGUCCAAGAUCCAUACUAGUACGGGUGGAUUGGCGUUGAUGUUGGUGCCGGAGCAGACCGCCAUCAACACGACCAACGACAACACCACCACCACCACCAUCACCACACCUACCGCCGUCACCACCACCACUAGCAACAUCAAUACCGUCGACAAAAUCAUCAGUCCCCACGUUCAGCCAGGUCUGGAAAAAGGAGAUCCGCCAUUAUCUUUGGUCUGGGUGAUUCGUCAAUCGCCAAACCCGGGGCGACCUUACGACGUCAAUAACAUCGCAAAACAAUUGAUAGCGGCAUACUACCAGAGUCUGCGUGACGAAGGGUUUCCCUUGGACAAUAUCCGUCUAGCUGAAGGCAUGGUCCAGGAAAGAUGUAAGGGACGCGUGUUUCAACUAAUGCCACUCAGUCAAGUCGCCAACCUAACGGACAAAACCCAAUACAACGUGGUUAAAACAAAUACGGGCUGCUGA